AUGACGUCGUUCCAAACCCCAUCAAACAGAUCUUCGUGGCUUCAAGUCUUCCUCGUCCUCCUCUUCAUCCUCGCCUUCUUCCCAGAUCUUUUCAUAACCGUUCCAUAUUUUCUCUUUGACUUGAUAUUUUCCCGGCCCGAACCACCCAGUGCCCCUCCGCAACCGAAAUUACAGCUCUGCACGGAAAUCUGCACUCCUCCAACUCCAACGAUGUCCUGGUUCCAGAAAAAGAUCUCUCUCCCCAGCCGUUCGCGCGGAUCAUACCUGAUCACAGACCAUAUAUUAUCCGAGCUUCCAGAGAUUGCCUCGUACAAGACGGGUUUACUUAAUCUUUUCGUUCAGCAUACGAGUUGCGCAUUGAGUUUGAAUGAGAAUUGGGACGAGGAUGUGCGAGCGGAUAUGAGUGAUGCUCUGGACAGGAUAGCGCCUGAAGACAAGAAGGGGAACCUAUACCGCCAUAGUGCAGAGGGACCAGAUGACAUGCCGGCCCAUGUCAAAUCUGCCCUUAUCGGAGCAUCUGUGACCAUCCCGAUUACGAACGGCCGUUUGGCGACAGGCACAUGGCAGGGAAUAUGGUACCUUGAAUUCCGCACCAGUAAACAUUCCAGGAACGUCGUGGCUACGAUACAGGGAGAAAAGGCAUGA